AUGAUGAGCCUCUCAGCCCAGAUCAACACCCAGCUGCAGAGUCUCAACCUCCCCCCGCCCUCGCAACCAUGGCUGCAGGCUCUCAUCUCCGCCCGCGACCCGCCUCCUCCUCUCCCCUCGCUGGUCAUGACGGCCAAGACACGCCUGUUGGCCUCGGAUCUCACCACCCCCGGCCUGCUGGACCCUGACUCGGUCCCAAUCAUAUCGCUGCCGAGCGACAUCACCAACCCAGCCGUCAAGGAGACCCGGCUGAGUCGCCAUGUCUACGUGCAGGUCGUCGACAUUGAAGACCUGGCCAAGAGCAGGUGGGAGCAGGUCGAGGAGCUCGAGGCCAUCGAGAGAGGCGAGCAGACCCGCGGCCGGGAGAUCAUUCGCCUCCCCACCAGUGGCGCUGAUGCGGAAGAAGCCCAGAAUGGAACCGGCGACGGACCAGAGCCACGAGCGACAGGGCCAAGAGGGGGAGCCGCCCAGUCUGGCCCUGCAACUGCCGCCUCCAACAAGGCCACCCAUCGCCUGGUCUUGCAGGACUGCAAGGGCCAGACGGUGUAUGGUAUCGAACUGACACGUAUCCCCAGGAUAGCUAUCGGGACACUCAACAUCGGCGAGAAGAUCAUGCUCAAAAAGGGAACCGUUGUCGCCAGAGGAGCCGUUCUACUAGAGACCACGACUUGCCAUGUCUUGGGCGGCAAGAUCGAUGCGUGGUAA